GCUGCGGCGUAGCCUCAGUGCCGGCGCAGUGGCCGGGCCAUCGUGUCCUGUGCCUAGUUCUCUGUGCUCUCUUCUCUCUGAUCCUGUUCGACAGCCGACCACCACCACCACCACCACCACCAUCGCCACCGCCACCGCCACCACCACACCAUCAUCAUCACCACCACGAUCCUCCCACGACAGAGAUCGUCCUUUUUAUCAUUCAUCCUGGACCCUGGUGCGUGGCCCUGUCCGUCCUCGAACCAUACUCUCUCCGCAUAUUCGGUGUGAUUCGGAUCAACGACAUUUCCUCUCUUUCUCCUCUCGCCGCACAGCUCUCUCUCUCUUUCUCUCUCUUCCUCUCUCUCCUCGACGAUCCUUCCAUUAUAUUCCUCUGUCGCACCGUCACUCUCGACAAACCUGCCUCUCUCAUCGACGCGAAUACAUCGUGGUCCAAGUGGUGAAAUCGCGCGAGCGCGUAAAACGACCGCGUGAAAGAAACGUAACGAGAAUCAUCGUCGUCGCGGUCGUGGUCGUCGUUGUGGCGAAUAAUUGUGACGCUCGGUCGUUGUGAGGAGGUCCCGUCGACGACGCGUGACGGUGAGGAUCCAUCCAUCGGUGACCAUCCAUCCAAGUCGGUCGUACGUUCGUAUUUAUUUCGGUGGUUACUCCCUAUUGUUGAUAUUUACUUUGUGCGAGGAACGUAGCAGCAGCGGUAGCAGCAGCAGCGGCGGCGGUUGGGAAGGGAACGGUGGAAGAAAGAAGGCAGGCUGCCGGGCAGCAGUCGGGAGGAUCACAGGGCGAAGAGGUGGGAGCCAUGCCGCCCGGGCGAGCUUCCCUCGAGGUAGCCAGGAUCGUCCGGCAUCCCUGUUCUUCCACGGUACUUCCAUUGCGUUUUCAUCGCCUCUUUUGAGGUGAGGAACUGUGGAUUGGUGGUGUAGGACCUCGGCCCCAGGAGUGGCCCGGGGGUUACCCUGGGGACCUCGGGGAAUCGUUGGCGCGAGGACGAGGCAGCUAAGAACGACGAAGGACACGGGAGGCGGAGGAGGAGGCCGCUAUGAACGCCAGCGUCAACAUCGAGAGGAACUCCUGGCGGCUGCCUCCCGACGAGACCGUCCAGGUCGCCGAUCCCCGUUCAAAGUCAGCCCAGGUAAAAGAGGAUCUAACGUACGCGGAGGGUGGCCACAACUGGCGAAGCAUAAUCUUCUCGCUUUUGGUCAUCGGCUUCGUUAUCGCCGGGAUCGUCACGGCCAUUUACCUCCUCGGGUACGUGGACGAGCUGUUGUACUGGAGCGGCAGACGGCUCACGUUAGACGAGUGCCUUCGUGAUGAUCUGACGCCGCACAGGUUAACACCGACCUGGAUAACCCACGACAAGUUUGUCUACCAGGCCGACGACGGUUCCCUCACACUCCUGGACACAAGCAACAAUUCCGUGUCCCUUCUUGUCUCUAAUCACACGCUCAGACAGCUGAACGUCCAAGGCUACCAGUGCAGCGCCGAUCUGCGUUACGUGUUGUUCAAGCACAAUGUCAAGCCGGUGUACAGGAAUACCUUCACCGCCUACUACACAGUCUACGACGUCACGAACGAUCACCACACGCCUCUCCGUCUGCACACAUCGCGGGGGAUGCAGCAAACGCGGCUGCAACACGCCGCCUGGUUGGGCAACACAUCCGGCAUCCUGAUGAUAUCCGAGAACGACAUCUACGUGAGGAUAGCGCCCUCGGCGGCAGAGGACGCGAGGAUAACCGACACAGGUCUACCCGGGGUGAUUUACAACGGGGUGCCGGACUGGUUGUAUCAGGAGGAGGUGUUGCCGCGGCCGGAAGCAGCCUGGCCGAGCUCCGAUGGCACGCAUCUCCUCUUCGCCUCGUUCAACGACACCAAGGUCACUGCCCUGGAAUUCCCUUGGUUCAGCACGCAGCCGGGUCAGGAUGGGCCGAGCUCCAGCCCCCUGUUCACGCCUAGGAGAGGCUCCUUCCCGCCGUCGAGGUCCGUCAGAUACCCCACUCCCGGCUCGCCAAAUCCCGAGGUCGAAUUGUGGAUCAUGGAGCUCGGCAACCUGACCAACUCGAUCAAUGGAACAGCGAACUCGACCACCCUCUCCAGGAUAAGGUUGAAGCCGCCAACCGCCUUGGACGGACAGGAAUAUUAUCUGAUAUCCGCGGGCUGGGUGGGCGACGACUCGACCCAGGUGGCCGUCGUCUGGAUGACCAGGUCGCAGAAUCUCUCGUUGGUGACUGCUUGCCGUGCACCGAUGUGGGAGUGCGAGGAGACUCAUUCCGAGAGGGCGCCCGAAGGACAGUGGUUAGACGCGCAGCCUCAUCCUCUGUUCGCCCCGGACGGGGACAGCUUUCUGCUGCUGGCCGCCGUUCAAGAGGGUGACAAGGAACACUUCACCCACAUCAAGCACGUGACCUUGACCCAACAGAGGAUAGCAGUCCUGUCUCACGGUCGUUACGAGGUGAGUGAAAUCUUGGCGUGGGACACCAAGGCCCAUUUGGUGUACUAUUUAGGCACGAGGGAAAGGAGGCCCGGUCAGAGGCAUCUCUACAUAGUUCGCGAUCCCACAGCCGACGAUCCUCGACACCUCGAACCGUUGUGCGUCACGUGCGACCUUGGCGAAGUGCUGUGGAGCAGUAGAUUUUAUUACACUAAUUGCACCCACUUUGGCGCGUCCGUAAGCCCUCCGAUGGAGAACGAAUCAUCCGGCUACUACGUCCUCUACUGCGAAGGUCCGGGCCUCCCUCUGGCCGCUGUACACCUGAUCACCACCCACAAGAUGAUCCGCGUGUUGUACGACACGAGGAUCCAGAGAGGGGACAAGCUGUCGCAACUGGCGCUGCCAACUCGAAGAAGCUUCGAGGUGUCUCUGCCCCAAGGGUGGAAGGCCCAGGUGCAACUGUUGUUGCCACCUUCGUGGCGGGAGGAGCUGAGAGACGCCGCGUUCCCCGUCCUGGUGGAAGUGAACGGUCGGCCAGGUAGCGAGGCGGUGACCGAUCGGUUCAAGAUCGAUUGGGGGACGUACAUGUCGAGCCACAACGACGUGGUCUACGUAAGGCUGGACGUGCGCGGAGCCAGAGGCCAAGGGAAACGCGACCUGUUCAGAAGAAUCGGCGGUGUCGAAGUUCAGGAUCAGUUGACCGUGCUGAAGCAUCUUCUCAAGACUCUCAAGUACCUGGACGUGACCAGGGUGGGUGUGUGGGGUUGGGGAUACGGCGGCUACGUGACCGCCAUGGUGUUGGGUAGCCAGGAGAACGUGUUCAAGUGUGGCGUCGCUGUGAAUCCUAUCGCCGAUUGGCUCUACUACAAUUCCGCGUUCACGGAGCGAGUCCUUGGCGCUCCCGCAGAGAACUACAAAGGUUACGUGGAGGCUGACCUGACCCAACGCGCCAGGUUGGUGCCCAGUCACAGUCUCUACCUUCUUCACGGUCUAGCCGACCUCACAGCGCCUUAUACGCACGGUGUCGCCUUCGCUAAGGCUCUGACCGAAGCGGGUAUCAUCUUCAGGUACCAGAGUUACGCGGACGAAGACCACGCCUUGUCAGGCGUGUUGGAACACGCUUAUCGUUCCAUAGAGGACUUCCUCGCAGAGUGCCUCGCCCUGGACGCGUCCUAGUGCCUCAAGCCGAACGCUCCCUCGUUGUCUCUAGCUCGCCUACUUCUGAUACAUCCCAGAUGGAUGUGGAUGCUCGUCAAGAAGGCUCUCGUCGUUCAGGACUAGACUGUAGCUCGAAUAUAUAGAAGAAAAAGAAGAAGAAGAAAGAGUAAUAAUAAUAAGACCCGGUCCUGGGAUGUAGCGGUGAAUCGUAUAGCGUGUAACGAACCGAUUAAAAGAAAAAAGAAAAAAAAAAAAAGAAAAAAAAUGCUAGUCCCUGAGUCAGAGCCAGGGGAUGAGGCGUGAAACUUAGCGUUUGUAUAAUAAGUAAACGUAAAUCGUUAAUAAGUAACCGUUGUAUAUCAGCCACCUGCAUCAGCCUGCGGAUUCCUCUUUGCUACCGACAAACUUUCACUUUUGCUCUCUCUCUCUCUCUGAAAGCGGACAUACAAACAUAAUUUCUAGUCUAUAAUCCCUCCCCUAAGGCCAUCCAUCCGGAUGGCGCAACUAGCUAGGCUAUUAUGGCGCGAUUCGAUCGCGGCCGGACACGUUCGAGAUCCGAGAUUCGGCGCAGGGUUCGAGGCUCGUUGUUGCGGUUCCUCCCUCCAUCUUUGCCUCCCCAUCCUCGCCUCGGCCUCGAUCGGGAAGAAUCGGUGAACGGUGUCGUGCCUCUCGCAAGCUUGCAAGCUCUAACUCGUUUUUUAUACACAGCGAAACCUUCGAGACGAAGGUGUCGACAUCUCAGCGAACGGCGUAUCGAGCUUAGCGCGAGCUUGCAAGUUCGCGUCUCGCGUUUUUUAUAUCGACACUUACACGCAUGCGCAUACACACAUAUACACGUGCAUUCUGCUCGAGACACUGGUGCCGUUUGUAUAUCGCUCCGCUUUCCGAGGAUGUCGAUAAUAAGCUUGCAAGCCCAUCAAUCGCCUUCUUCGUUCAGAGGACCGCCUCUUUCUCUCUCUAUCGUGCAGAGCUUGCAAGCUCGCGCUUUCGCGACGUUUCUCCCUCUUCGAUUACGCCGCACAUCGGUCUCUACCAUGAUCCCCUUGUCGUGGAAACUCCGGCUACCUCCUGUACCGACGUGACACGCAUACACACACACACACACACACACGACACGCAUUAUUUCAUUGGUAGAAACGAACGCCUAGUCUUAAGUUUUGUGUUGUGUACAGCUUCGCGCCUAGUCCGUGUAUCGUGUAAUGUUACGCGUGGGAGGAGAGAUAGAAGAGAAAAAAAUAGGAGAAGGAAAGGAGGGAAGGAAGAUGGCCCUUCCAUCAUUAUCCAUGUAUACACACGUAUAUUCACAUACAUAAAUACACGCACACGCGAAUUCUUUCUACCGUUUGAUUCCUCGAUAUUUGUAUAUAUCCGUGUCUCUUUGAAACGAGCCCCUUGGUGCAGGAAAGCGUUUUUCCCCCCUCGACGAGGUUCGAGCGUGUUUCCCGUUUGUCGUUGAUCGUUUGUUGUAUUAUAUAUCGCUAAGUUGUACUAUAACACAAUACUGUUUCCAGAUUAAAUAAUUAUUAAUUAAGUAAGUUAAGCGCGACGCGAAGCUUUAGGAUAAUAACCUCGUUCAGGUUUCACCUCGUAUACUUUAGCUCGUUCGAAAGGAAAGGGACCUCGUCGUCGAGGGCAACGCGUAUUCCUUUGUCGUAUUCCCUUUCUCUCGAUCACGAAAACAUCGGUCCCGGGGAGCGGCCUGAAGAGGAUCUUACGACCGGACCAGAAUUCGUCGAUCGACGAUCUGGAAUCCGAGCAAUUCCUUCGGGCCACUCUAGGUCGACGUGGUGGAAGAUCGAUGUUCGUUCAGACGCGGUUGAUGUUGGAGGAUAAUCGUUCGGGAUCGGUCGAUCUUGCGGGUUUCCCGUUUCCACGACGUACUCCUCGUCCACCCUUCUCGUCCCUCGAAAUCGAUCCACCGUUAACAUAAUUGUGUCUCUAUGUGUCUUUUCAAAUUUGUACCGUGAAUCGAUUCGAACUUGUUCCGAAUUAUUCCUAUUAUAAUAACUCUGGAUCGAAUUCGGGUUUCGAAAAGGCGAGGAUGUUUUUCGAUGUUGCUCGUAAGUUCGAUCGAAACGGGACAAUUUUCACGGUUGAUAAAGAGAGAACUUAUAAGAGGAAAAAAAAAAAAAUAAUAAUAAUCGAACAAACUAUAUCGCGCUCGAACGAAGAGAGUCGCACGUCGCCAUAAACGCUGCCUGCCAAGCAGCCCUUAAAUGCCGACAAUCAAGGCUAGUGCAACUAAUCAAACGAUAAUAAAUAGAGAAAAAAAAAAAACGGAGAGGAUGAAGAAAUUUACCUAAUAAUAAUUAAUGAAUUCUUAGAGAUGAUGAGUGAUCGAUGAUGGUUCGUCCACGUGAUUGAUUGGCGUGGUUGAGGACCUCGGCGAAGGGAUUGAAUCGGAAGAGAUACCCUUCGAUCGUGUACGGAUAGUAGACGUGGCAAAUCGAAAUUACGCGCUUGAUGUCGAUCGUAGAGAGUACAAAAAAAAGUGAAACCGCGCCCGAUCAAGGAAUCUUUCUUCUGGUAUUCGAGAAAGAUUAAAUUAAGAAUCGAUCUCCGCGUCUUCCUCGGGAUGUGAAUUAAAUUGGAAAUUAAUGGAAAUUAUAGAAGAAAAAUUUGAUGUACCAGCUUUUUGUCGAUCCAAUUUGUUCUGUUUUAUUUAUAUCCAUAUAUAUAUUAAAACGUGAAAGACUUAGAAUCGUAAAAAAUUGUUCUUGUAAAAGUUAAAAAAAAAAAUGUUUCUUACUUUUUCAAGUUUUUCCACUGUGAUUUUCAUGAUAAAUGGCGUUGAAAUUCUUCUCGAGGGGGUUCCUUGGUCGCGCGACAAGGACAGACACGCAUUAGUGUUAAACCACAUUGUAAAAGUUCGUUUUUUCGUGAGUAAUCUUCCUUAAAGGGAACGCGAAGGAAGAGAGGGAUGAACGAAAGGAAGAGAGUAGAAGCGAGAAUGAGUGAGAGUGAGUGAGAGUGUGCAAAUCGCAAUCAAUUAUUAACUUAUAAUAAACGGCAAAAAGUGCGGCGAAAAAUAUUAAACGUAGGCGUAAGUAUCGGUCUCACGAACACGGCAGGCACGCAAUAAAAAUAAAGAGAAGUAAAUACAAUUGCAAACGACUGGAACAACUGGGAAACAGGCGGUGUAAUAAUAUGGAUAAGUGUAAGAAGGAUGUUGUAGGCACGCGAUUGGAAUUAAAGUCGUAAGAAAAUUAAAAAAAAAAUAAAUAAAAAUGGAAACCUUGGUAGCAGCGCAUAAGGGUAUCUAUAAGCUUUUGGUAACGUAUUAUCGCCGCUAGGCUAAAGAGAAUUAAAUUAAAAAUAAAAAAAAGAAAAAAUAUAUAUAUAUAUAUUAUACAAUAAAGAGAAAAAAAAUAAAUAAAUGCGACAUACAGAGAAAGAGAAGACACACACGCAGGACAUCGUAAAUUAUUGCAAUUGACGCGGAAGACUCGAGUUUAAUGUAUCGGGCCCGUGCGAAAAUUUCGGACGAAUUUCAGCGAAUUAUUUAUAUCGAUUAAUGAUUCGCAUGUCCGACCACGCGAAAUCGCCCGUCGACGUUCAACGAUUUCGAGAUGACGAUGGAAAAAAAUAGAAAAAAAGAAAAAUAAAAUAAAAUAAGGAGAAAUUGCGAGCGUUUGUGUUAUUCGUAAACGAAGAAAAUUAAUCGAUAAUAAUUAAUAAGGCGACUAAUUGAAAUUAUUUGGAUAAUCUGUGAUAUCUCAGAUUGACGAUUAUUAUUCGAAUUAGACGGUGUUUUUAACGUCUUAUUCUACUCGAACAUCGAGGUAUUAAUAGAUAAGGUAUUAUCGAUAAACGAAAUUUUGCUCGAGUAAAGAGCUCUUCGAACCGAGUCCGAGUCUCUCGAUGAUAAUCGAUGUUGAUUUAAUAAAUGAUAAAAGCGAUGCUCAAACGAUUUCUUCAGGAUUCUUGAAAUUAUUGUUACUAAAUUGUUACUGUUAAAUGUAAUGGCUAGUUUCUAGUUUCAUCGAAAGUACGAUCUCUUCCUUGUAUAUUUCUCAAUGUUUCUCAAUUGUGCGAUCGUUUUAAAAUUCUUUUAAAGACGAACGUUUUUUAAAAAGCAUUCCUCGUAUGGAAUAUAAUAUAUCCAGAAAACGUGAUUAAAUUCGAACGCGAAUUUAACGUGGAUUAAGACAAAUACCAUUGAAACGAUAUUAUUAUAUUCACUUGAUUUCCUUCGCUGCGUAUAUAUCUUCCAACUCUCGUUUACGACAAUACCGACUGUGCAACUUUUCACCUAACCUAUAUUUUUAACUCUUGGAUCGAUACUCGAAUAUCAAAUUAUCCUUUUCAUAUGAUAAUUAUACAAUUAAUACCGCUCGAAUUGUUGCAUCUUUAACGAACAUUUUCAAACCCAUACGAAUCUUCAAUCUUCUUAUAUAAAAUAUUCUUAUGAAUUACGAAUAAAAUAUCGUGUCGAUUAAAAAAUCAAAUUUAGAGAAACUUUUACGGUAUUAACCGUAAAGGCUAUUUUUUCACGAUCAAUGAAAUCGAUCGACGAAAUUGGCUCGCUCUCGAAUAAUCUUCCGAUACUCGAUAUAUGUCAAAUGCGAAAGGAAGUAAUCGAUCGUAUCGAUGUUCGCAUUGUUCGACGACCUCGGACCCGGUUAGCCCGGCCUUUACUCAACCACGUUAUAUUACGUAUUAUCAGACUCCUCGAUGCGGACAGCAUCUCGAAACUACGUCUGAAUGAUCAGAGAGAUACGGUUCAAUCGAUCAGUACACUCGGAAGCGUUGAGUCGAGAUAUCUGGCCAACGACUCGUUGAAUUCGAUCGUGCUCCGCGAGUGUGGCCGACGCGAUCGGACAAUUGUUUUUUAUAUAAUAUCCGCUCGGAUCAUCAAGCGAGCGUUAAUUAAUCGUUCGAGAUAAGAAAAGUGCGUUCUCGAUAUGUUUCUCGUGGGAGACGAGGGCACGCGGAUUGUGUUUCCACACGGUUUUUUACGAUAUUCGCACGGACCUGGAGACCGAACAUCCACGAAAUCGGCCACGAAAGUAUCGAUCGUUUCCAUGAAACAUUGUUUUUAUAGAAUUAUGACACGUUUGAUCGAAUUGGGUUAAAAGUUAAUUUUAUCUUUUCAAGUCUCUUCCAAGUCGUCAAAGUUCAAUGUUCAACGUUGAGAAAUUUGAAAAAUUUUGAAAAUCAUAAGUUUUAAUUAACGCGAAUAGUAGAAUAUUUUAUAGAAUGUUUCCUUUACAAAUUAUUUCAUUUUCAAGAACGCCGAUUUCGCGGAUAUCGUUAAUAAUUCCACGUAAACACCCACGAGAUAAUCAUGUUACUAAGACUCUGCGUUUUUUAAUAUCAGCGAGACUCGCCCCUGACGGGCAAACAAAAAGUGUUUUCAAUAAACUGUUACAUUACCUGAA